CCAUUACUGAAAACAGCAGUGUAAAGUUGAACCACGCGAAGCUAUGGCUUUCCUGGUCAUCCGAAUGUAGGGAGAUAAAUACCUCGUAUCGUCACUGUACCGCCACAAUUUUAGUGGGAUUUGAUACUCCAAGAACCACCCAUCGCACGGAUUAUUGAAUUGUAUUCGUAUCGUUGAGUUCCCACAGAAACUAAGAAGUUUAUCUCUGUUGUUAUUGCACCGACUUGGCGAUCGGUCGGUCGAUCGUUUACUUUUUCGUGCUCGUGGAUAGCUUAGGGAAUAUUUUUGGGCAGUGCUAACAGAGUUGUUGCAAUGUGUGUCCGCCCUGGGGCCUGGCGGUUACCCUGCGGCCCACAUGCAUCACCUCCGUCGAUGUGGAUCUGGCUACCAAUGCAAGCGAGAUGAGUAUCAUAUUCAAUGUUGCAGCCAGAAAAGAAGAAUCACUUAUUGUCAUGGCUGCUGGGUCUGACCCAGAAUCCAACGAAGAACCAGUUGCCACAGGAGAUGCCAAUAGUUGCCAUCAGAUAGCUACAACAGCUACAACCACAGCUCAUCAUAAUAACCACCACCACCAUCAUCAUCAUCACAGCCAUUAUCUUGGACUACCUUAUCAGGACCAUAACUACGGUGCACCACCGCCACCCACUCCUCCUCAGUCACCACCACACCCCAAAGUAAAUGGUUUCUUCGAUGAACUAUCAAACCAUAGCAAUCAAAGCAAUAACACUGAAACAGCUGAUGAAAACGAAGACACUAGCAUAACCCGAUGUAUUUGUGAUUUUGAUCACGACGAUGGCUAUAUGAUUUGUUGUGAUCAGUGUGGCGUAUGGCAACACGUGGAGUGUAUGGGUCUAGAUCGAAACCACAUCCCAGACAGUUAUUUCUGUGAAAAGUGUGAACCCAGGAACAUUGAUAAACUAACAGCAGUAGCCUUGCAGUCAAAGAAGAAAGAAGAAAUGAUAGGUAUAGACACCAGUGCAACAGAUAGUGGGGACGAGGUCACAACAACACGAUAUACUGCAGUGUCAAACUCUCCAACAAGUUUGACGUUGACAACGCUCAAAAGUAAAAAGGUUAAGAGAAAGAAGAAGAGGCGGGAGAAGGAGGAUGAUGAAGAUAAGCAGAACAAAGAUAUGACAAAGAAAUUGAAGGUAAAACGUGAUGGUAGUCGAAAGCUCAGAACCGAAUUUGUCCCAUUGAGUGAGGAAACAAUGGACUCAUGGGAUAUGGAAGCUGUUAUGUGUGGUGAUUUUAUGAAAAAUGGGGAUGAAACCAUGGUGAACCAGUACUGUGCAGACAUCCAGCACAUCUUAGCCUCUCACAAACACAAAUCUGAUGAUGCUGCAGUCAUACCAAACAAGCAGUUGCCUGUUAGGACAAGCAUCUUUAAUCAGAUCAACAAAAGCAGGACAGGUCUUCAAGCCACUGAGGACAUCAAAACAGACCAACCACUCAUGGAAUAUAUAAGCAAAGUUAUGUUAAAAGAACAGUUUGAUGCUCAGAAUACAUUUUUUAAAAGGCCAUACCCAUUUGUCUUGUUUUACAAUAAGUUUGACAAUGUUGAAAUGUGUCUGGAUGCUAGAUCAUAUGGCAAUGAUGCAAAAUAUGUUAGCAGAUCCUGUUGUCCCAAUGCAGAGGUACGGCAUGCAGUUAAAGAUGGCAAUAUAUACCUGUACAUUUGUUCCAUAACAGAUAUUAGCAAAGGUUGCGAAAUAUCCAUUGGGUUUGAUUUUAAUUUCAAAGAUUGUGCAUACCCUGUAGAGUGCGUUUGUCAUACUGAAAACUGCCCAGUGGUCAAGCAUAACAGUAAGUGUUUUGAGAACGGUGCUCUUGAUGGAAAAAAGAAAAAGAACCACCAUAAGAACAAUCAUAUACUUCGAGAGGAAGGGGAUCAUUCACAUACAAGUCGUGCUGCUGGACCAGCAUCAAGCAAAAGCAGGAAGAUCUCACCGCUUCGAGUGUCUCUGGGAAACCAUGAUAACCAGAAUAACCAGGAACCAGUUCCAGAACCUACGGAGACUCUGGAAAAUGAGGUGCCCAUCAUACCGGAACCGGAAAAUGAAGCAACUAAAGAGCAGCAAGAGCCUGAAGUGGAAACUGAGCCAGAGCAUGAACAUGAACAGAAGAAAAUGACCAGAGAGGAGCGAAAAAUGAAGGCCAUCAUGGAAGCUUUUAAAAAGAUGGAGAAGACAGAGAAGAGGAGACAGCAGGCUCUGGAGAGAAUUCAAGCCAAGGCAGCUAAGAAUGAAACUGAGAAGGUAGUGUGUGAAAUUAAGGAAGAAGAGAGUAAAGACUUGGAGCAAAGUGUUAGUAGUGACAUGGAUGUGAAGUCAAGUGUACCACCGGUGCCAAAACCAAAGCAAGUAAAAGGCAGAACUAGCAGGAGAAGAUCCACAGCUAAAAGACGAAGAACAAACAGUGCAACAUCAUCAGUAACUACAUUGUUGUUAGAUCCCUCAUCGCCAGAGCCCAGCGUGUGUUCCACCCCGCUGACUCCAGCACCACCAUCAACUCUCAGUGACAACAGCCUUGCAUCGCCAACCUCAUCCUCGAAGACGUUUAGGUUUCCCAAAACAAAAAAGGUAAUAUUUUUGCAUCACUGA